UUUAGUAGUUGGAUAGAACAAAAGGUUGUGUCAGAAUUACAAAACACAUCAAAUAAGGUUUCAGACAUUGUUAAGUGGAUUUCUCGAGGACCUUCAGUUAAUGUCAUCAAGUUUUCAUCAUACAUGAUUAACGGUACUCUAUUUAACACUAGGGAGCGCGAUAACAACAGAAACACACAAAACAGUGGUGUUAGCCUUGUUGCUAAAACUGUGCAAGUCUCUAGUGCAAAAGAUAAAAAUCCAGUUGAAUGUGAUAUGACUUUUUAUGGAGUAGUUAAUGAAAUUUGGGAGUUAGAUUAUAUCACAACUCGAGUACCUGUUUUCUUUUGUGAUUGGGUGAAAAGUGACAGCGGCAUAAUAUAUGAAGAUUUUGGUUUCACAUUAGUUAAUCUAAAUCGAAUUGGGCACAAAUCUGAUCGAUUUAUAUUAGCUUCACAAGCAAAACAAGUAUUUUAUGUGAAUGAUCCUUCAGACAACCAAUGGUCAAUUGUUCUUCCAACGCAAACAAGAGAAUGGAACAUUAAAGAUGGUGAUUUACAUGAUAUACCUCUCGGAGAAGAACUUGUCACAUUCACCGCAAUAGAAGAUAAUGACGAAGUUGAUGAUGAUUGUAUUUGUUUCCGUGAAAAUGGUGAAGGAUUGUGGGUUGAUGAUAAUGGGUCUUGAGAUGGAGGCUGAUCCUUUUGGUGGUAGUUCUGAUGAGGGAGAGCAACGCCCUAAUUCUCAGUCAGUGGAGCAAGAAAAUAAAUCUGUGAGAGGACGUACAUGGAUGUCUAGAAACACCAAAAAAAGGAGUGAAGGACAUCUUACUCCUGUUGAAUACAAUGAGUAUGGUCAACUAGUGGGUGGAUCUAGA